AACCUCACUUGUCAUCACUAGGCACAGCCUCCCUUAUCUUAUCGCAACACUUUGGCGACCGUUUCUUCACACAUCAACAGUAUUGCUUUUUGGCCUCAACCGUAUGCGCGCGCAAUAACAACUACCGUACACUCUACACCCUCCAGGAGAGCAUGGCUACCUACUCCGCGAUCAGCCACGAGCCAGCAGACGAAGACCCCAUGUCUUCAAGUAUCGGAUCGCUAAGAGGAAGAAGGCGAGGUAGAGGCAAGCAUGAUGUUGGAUUCAAGGGAGAGGCAACGUGGAUCUCGAGUGUGAUCAACUUGGCCAACACCAUCCUUGGCGCUGGUCUUCUCGCCAUGCCAUCGGCCCUCUCGAAAAUGGGCAUCUUCCUCGGCAUCUUCGUCAUCGCGUGGGCUGGCACAACCGCAGGUUUUGGUUUAUACCUCCAGACUCGAUGCGCCCGAUACAUCGAUCGCGGUCAUGUGUCAUUCGCGACCCUAUCCCAGAUGACCUACCCGAACCUCUCUAUCCUAUUCGAUGCCGCGAUCGCCAUCAAGUGCUUCGGUGUGGCAGUCAGUUACCUCAUCAUCAUUGGAGACUUGAUGCCGGGAGUGGUCCGAGGCUUCGCACCAGGCGCUGCACACAUGGCGUUCUUGGUCGAUAGACAGUUUUGGAUCACUGCGUUCAUGCUUGUCGUCAUUCCCUUGUCCUUCCUUCGCCGUUUGGAUUCGCUCAAGUACACGAGCAUGAUUGCCCUUUUCUCCAUCGCAUACCUUGUAAUUCUGGUUGUAGCGCACUACAUCAAAGGCGACACCAUUGCAGACCGAGGAGAAGUCCGCGUAUUUCAAUGGGCUGGUACUGUGCCUGCCCUCGCUGCUUUCCCCGUCAUCGUCUUUGCAUACACAUGCCACCAGAACAUGUUUUCGAUUCUCAACGAGAUUGCCGACAACUCUCACUUUCGGACAACAACCGUCAUCUUUGCCUCCAUUGGCGGAGCAUGCGGUUUAUACAUCUUGACUGGUAUUACCGGCUACCUUUCCUAUGGCGACAAGAUCCACGGCAACAUCGUAUCCAUGUACCCUACCGCGGCCGCUAGCACCAUCGGCCGACUUGCCAUUGUCAUUUUAGUCAUGUUCUCGUACCCCUUACAAAUCCAUCCUUGCCGCGCUAGCAUCGACGCCUGCCUCAAGUGGCGCCCCAGCGGUGCGCGCAAACAGGUCGAAGGCAGUCCGUCACGUGCUAGCUUAAUGAACAACGCGCCCAAGCCCGGCGCCCCCAAGAGCGUCGAAAUGAGCGACCUCCGAUUCGCAAUCAUCUCUACCGUUCUCAUCGUCUUGUCUUUCAUUACCGCCAUGACCGUUACCAGCCUGGAAAAGGUACUGGCCUAUGUCGGCUCCACGGGUUCAACUACCAUUUCCUUUAUUCUUCCAGGUCUGUUUUACUACAAGAUUUCCGAUCCCGAGUCUACUCACCACCAGCGCCUCAUCAAGGACGAGGACGACGAGGACGAGUUUCACAGUGGUGAGGUCGAGGGUUAUGUCACGCGUGAGGGGCAUAUGAAUCGUGAUCUUAGAAGGGGACUGCUGAGGAAGAUGGCGCUUGCAUUGAGCAUUUACGGUGUCAUUGUUAUGGUGACUUGUUUGGUUACCAAUACCUUUUUAGUCGCCGCUGCCCAUUAAGAGCUGCCGUUGGGCAUGUACAUUGGCAUUGUUUUGCAUUUAGCGGGAGUUUUCCUUUUUUUUGGAGGUGGGGAGGAGUUAUAUUUGCGAGCAUACUAGACUGUGUUUCUUUCUUUUUUCUUCUUCUUUUGAGUGGUAGGCCCCGCGCGCGGAUUUAUGUUGGUGAGCAUGUUUUGCUAUAUUCUUACAAAUGUACACUCUAUUGGCUCUUCUCGCAAUAGAACAAUCUCUCUCUCUCUCU